CUGUUUCUAUAUGUAUACAUUAGACUUGUACUUUCUGCAAUGAUUCUUAAUUUAUUUACACUCUUUGAAAUUAUUUUCAUAUAUUUAUUUAAAUGUGUUCUUUGUGAUGAUAUAUUUGGUUGUGGAGGAUUUGUAAAGUCAAAUUUCGAUAUCAAUUAUUCGAGAGUGGAAAUAAAAUUGUACACAAAGCAUGGCAGCUUAAAAUACCAUACUGAUUGUGCACCUCAUAAUGGCUACUAUUUGAUUCCUUUGUAUGAUAAAGGAGAUUAUAUUUUGAAAAUUGAACCACCUGUUGGAUGGAGUUUUGAGCCUAGCAGUGUUUCUUUACAUGUUGAUGGAACUUCUGAUCCUUGCAGUUUAAAUCAGGAUAUAAAUUUUGUUUUCAAGGGAUUUACAGUCGCAGGCCAGGUUCUGAGUCGAAAUGGAAAAAAUGGUCCAGCCGGUAUUAAUCUAGUGCUGAAAAAUUCUAAUCUAGAAAUCCAAAAUGAAACAGUUAGUGGAAAUGAUGGAUAUUAUAGUUUUCCUAAACUACUUCCAGGAAAAUAUACCAUUGAAGCUAGCCAUAAAGUAUGGAUUUUCGAUGAACAGAAAGAAGUGAUUCAUGUAACAAAUGAUAAUUUGAAAACUGAAAAUAAAAUUAUAAUAGCUGGUUAUGACGUUUCAGGAUUUGUUUACAGUGAUGGCGAGCCAAUUCAAGGAGUUCAUUUCUUAUUAUUUUCGAAGACUAAAAUUAAUAAACCAGUUAACUGCAGUAUGGACAGUGUAAAAGGUUUCAGUCAGAAGUACAGUAUCCCGUAUGUGUGUUAUGUCACUUCUUCAGAAGAUGGAAAAUUUAUUUUUCCAUCAUUACCUCCUGGAACUUAUAAGUUAGUUCCAUUUUACAAGGGUGAGCAUAUUGAAUUUGAUGUAUCUCCACCAGAAAUGGAUUUUAUUGUUACAAAAGACAGCCUUAAAAUUGAGGAAAAUUUUCAGGUUCAAGGUUUCAGUGUUAGUGGUUGGAUAGGUACAGGACCUAAUGGCAAGAGCUUAUCAGAUGUUGAAGUAUAUAUAAAUGGUCAAGUUCAUGGAAAGUCAGACAUAAAUGGCAUAUAUCACCUAGAAAAUAUGAGAGCUGGCAUUUAUAUUUUGGAGUUGAAAAAACCAUACAUGUAUUUUGAAUCAGUUGAAAUGAAAAUUAAUCCAAACACACCUAAACUUCCAAAUAUCUUUGUCAGUAAAUUUUCUGUAUGUGGCCAACUUAUUAUUGAUGAAUUUCCUGUAGGUUUGGAAAAGAGUGACAGAAGCAUAAGUGUGAAAUCUAUUAAAGGUGACAUACACUUACUUGUGCCAGUUCCAUCAGAUGGUACUUUCUGUUGCAGUACAGUUCCUGGAAAAUAUGAAUUAGAGCCUGUUGUAUCAGAGAUUGAGAAUAGUUUUGGUCUUAAGUUCUCUCCUGAAAAGUAUUCUCUUCAGGUGGCCGAUGAACCAGUGUUGAAUAUUGAAUUUAAGCAGUUUAGGGCAGAAGUUAGAGGUAAAGUAAAAUGUAUCGAAGAUUGUAUUGAUUUAUUGCUCGAUCUAGCUCCUCUAUCACAUGAUAGACCACAUUUAGCAGCUACUGUUAUGACUGAUGGCACAUUUGAGUUUGAUAAAUGCUUACCUGGUAAUUAUAUCUUAACUGUAGUAAAAGAUGAUUGGUGUUUCCAAUCUAAAACAUUAAAAUUUACCAUUACUGAUAAAGAUAUUUUGAAUCUGGAAUUGCUUCAAAUAGGUUUCCAGGCAUCUGUAACCUUGACUCAUGCAUCAUCUUUUAAAGUAAAAUAUCCAUCAGGAGAGUUUCAUAAUGUAGAACUUCAGAAAUCGAGGAAUGUACUUUGUUUGCCAGAAAAAGGCAUUUAUAACUUUAUACCAAUUGGAUGUCAUUUGUAUAAAAAAGAUUCUUUUAAGUUUGACACAAACAAUCCUGUAGAAAUUAAUUUAACGCCAACAAAACAUUUAGUAACUGGCAAUAUUUUAACUGAACUAAAUGUUACAGAUAUUAAAGUAUUUGUUAAACGGCAGUCUUCUGGAAGUGAAGAAGUUAUAUCCUUACAAGAGCCACUAGAUAAGAAAAAGGAUUAUUUUAGAUAUACCUUUUCAGUAUUUGUUCCACCAAUGUCUCAGUUGGAAUUGAGAGUUUCAUCGAAGCAACUGCUCUUUCGCCCUGCCCGAGCAACUAUUAAAGUCGAAGAUGAUUGUUUGGAAAAUGCUGUUGAAAUCAUUGGAAAGAAAGGCUUGUUUCUCAAUGGAUCUGUUACACCUCCACUAGGUGGAGUAAGUAUAAAAGUACUAGUUAAAAAAACUCAGGAACUUUAUACUAAAACUAUAACAGAUGAUGCUGGCAAAUUCCUUGUUGGACCUCUGGAAGAUGAGAGUGAUUAUAUAGUGAAUGCAGAGGUGGAAGGUUAUGUUUUCAAACCUUUGGAUAAUUUAGGAAAUUUCUUAGCUUUCAAACUAGCUGAAAUUGUGGUAGAAGUUACAAAUGAAGAUGGUUCACCUCUUCCUGGAGUUUUACUUUCAUUAAGUGGUGGAACAGAUUAUCGUAAGAACAGUGUAACACAGAAAAAUGGAAGACUUUCUUUUUCGGGAUUAGGGCCAGGACAAUACUUCUUGAGACCAAUGUUAAAAGAAUUUAGUUUUGACCCAUCUUCUAAAAUGAUUGAUAUAAAAGAAGGAACACAGGUUAAUAUAAAAAUCAGAGGUAAGCGUGUAGCUUAUAGUCUGUAUGGUACUGUAACCUCUUUAACUGGAGAGGCAGAAGUUGGAAUAGCCGUUGAGGCCCUUGGUGUAGCUGGCAGUACAUGUGGUCAGUACCAAGAAGAGGCCAUUAGUGAACAAGGAGGUGCAUUUCGCAUUCGAGGGCUGCAACCAGAAUGUGAAUAUAUGUUACAUUUGAAACCAGGAAUGGAUGUUAAUCAGCAUAUUGAGCGUGCUACACCCAAAGAGAUUAAAUUAAAGGUAACUCAAGGUGAUAUAACUGGAGUGCGUUUAAUAGUCUUCCGUUACUAUGGUCAAAUGGAUGCAAGUGGAAAUGUCUUGACUAGCCAAGAGUAUCUGCAAACCCUAAAGGUCCGUCUGUAUCGAGAAGAUGCACCUGAUCAAAUUGUUCAUUCCAUUAGUUUGGGCCAAAGCAGUUUCUUCUACUUGCCAUCAAUGCCUAUUGAUAAUAGAACAUAUGUUUUGCAACUUGAAUCCUCAUUAUCAACAAAUGCUUACAUUUUUGAACAGCCAUCCGUAACCUUUUGUGCUAAUACUUCAUUCUACCAUUUUACAUUUUCUUUCAGUCCUCGAAUGAAAUCAAUUGAGCAAGAAGUUACUCAAGGUUCUGUUUUGGCUCUUCCAUUAGCUAUUAUUUCUUUACUUCUUGCUUAUAAUUAUUCUAAACUUUUGCCUUUGCUUUCUCAUAUAUUUUACUUAUUUACUACGAUUGCAAAUCCUGCUAAAUCACAAUCAGCUGCAGAAAGUGUAUCAUCAGAAAAUAUAAAUGUUCGUAGGAAGACAAGGCCUCGGAGGGUACAAUAAUUUUGUAUUAUAUUAAUUUUUAAAUUAAAAUAUUCACAUGAUGUUGA